UUGAUCCACACAGCCCGCCCCUUUCCUCCGCGCUGCGCCGCUCAGCACACCCGGCGCACCAGCGGGACAGUCCGGCUGCACCACCGGCUCUCUCGGACCACGCCAACCGAAAAUACAUUUGUAAUGGAAAGAUAAUUAAACCGGAGUCAAGCAGUCUCCUGUUCCUCGUGUCGCAUUUUCCUUGGGAAUCAGAACCAACGGAGUAGCCGGCCAGGGUGGUAGCAGCCAGGCCUUGCCCAAAAGAGGCGCCCUGUCGGGGGUAACGGUGGAGAUGAAGGAUUAGAGGAUAAUCCAGGAUGGUUCCGUGGUGCGACCGCACAACCAUUUGCAGCUGGACUCCGACCUAUUUCUGAGCUGAUGUCGACAAAGCCAAAGCCCAAGGCAAGCGGGGGAAACCAGGCGACCUGACCACACUCCAACUGGCCCGGCAGCUUCCAGGAACACAACUGCACAGUGUUCUCCUCAAUUUACGACCGUUUAAUUCAACCAGCUAUGCAUAACAACGAGCUACAAAGAGUGGGACAGAGUUUGGCCUGCACAUGAUAAACAGAGAUAAUAUUCCAGUGAACUAUUUGGCGCUGCAGGCCAGGAGUCCAACUUUUCAGAAAUUACACGGUUUCAAGAUCUUGGAAUAACCUUUCAGAUGACUUUUUAGGUCCGUACUUUGGACAGCUCAACUGUAACUCAUUCUGGCAUAAAUCUAAGAAGAGAAACAUUGAACUUUGCUUGCUCAGUUUUGUCUUUCAGUGGUAUUAAAGGCAAUUCCAGACAUUGUUUAAGGUUGAUUUUCAAGAAAUAUUAAGCCACUUACCUCUUGUGACCAUGAAUCUUCAGGAAAAGCUGUCAGGCCUCAAAGGUCUGGUCUCACAAUCCCACAGCAAGCGCCGCUUUAAAGGCGACCUCACGCUGGACAUGAUCAGCCCUCCUCUGGGUGACUUUCGCCACACCAUGCACGUGGGCCGUGGCGGCGAUGUGUUCGGGGACACCUCCUUCCUGAGCAACCAUGGCGGCACGGCCAAUGGGAACAAUGGGGAAACGGAUUCUAUCUCCUCCCCUGACAACAAGAUCGGAGCGUUCUUCUCCAGGACGAUCCGUCAAAUCCGAAGGGGGUCUGACAACCGACCCACGGGAGGACCCAAGGAUCUGUCGCCGCCGCCUCCCGUCGUUUCACCCAUCAUCAAGAACGCCAUCUCCCUCCCCAGGCUGGAUGUGGAUAUGCCCAAUGGGAGUCCCACUGCUAAAGUGCUCUUCCCCAGUUCUCAAAGCACACCAGAGGAGAAGAAAAGCUCUUAUGGUCUGGAGUCUGGUUUCGUCACUCUGCCUCGCCUCUCUCGCUCUGAGCGCCAGCAGCCUUCCAUCUCCCUCCCCACGUCCUGCUCCCCGAACAUCCACCGCGGCUCUCUGACCGACCCUACUGACGCCAUCUUAUCCACCUGCCCCGCCUCCAUCGUGACCUCUGACCCCAAACCCACCUACACCGCCUUCUCUGACUCCCUUCCCUCCCUCACCUCCUUGGACACCUUUACCUUUGACCUCGGGCCCUCCCUCAUGAGCGAGGUGUUCGGCCUGAUCGACGGCCACCCGGGGGAGCAUGGCAACGCCUGGGAGGGAGAGGAGGCGGGGUCAGCGUGUGGGUUGACCAAUGAGGGAUCAGAGAUGGACUCGGCUACUAUCUCAUACGUGGAUUCCCUGCUGAGGGAGGACUGCGGGGGCAGGAAAAGCCCGCAUGGGGCCGAAUGGGAGGAGGAGGAAGGGAUGGAGGUGAACGGAGUCGGGCUUUCUGUUAAAGUAGCUGAUGUGGCGAUGGGGUCUCCUGAACGAGCGCGGUUUGGGAUGGGGAUGGAGAGCGAGCGGUUCCAGAGUGCUACAGAUGUGCUCGCGCGCCACUAUGGCGUCAGCCACUUAAAGGGACAGAGCAGGAUGGAGGUGGCCGAUUCAAUGAUGAUGAUCAUCAGCCAGCCCAAGAACAAAAUGUCCUACAGUUACAUGGACGACGAGGAUGAAAUUAAAGUCUGAGCCGAGAUGUUUUGACUAAAAAAAACUGUCUUCUCAUGUAUGAUUUAGCUCUAAUUUCCAAUCAAAUCAAUCAUCUGAAAAAAAAUGUUGUGGUCAACGAGGCCGGCUCUUUUGACAGGAUGACCAUGACAACUACAAUCCAGUAUCUUCGGUAUUUGAUUCUUUACUUGUAUACAAUCGUGCUUCAAGGAUGUACAGUUUUGAUGCCAAAAAUUUUUUGCUGAAUGUAUCUAAAGGGAGUGAAAGACUUGAUGCUGCACGUUUCCAAGCCCUACACAGAGAAGAAGUCUUUUUUUUUUUUUUCAAAAAGGUCAGGAUUUAAAAGGGACUGAAACAAAGAGGAGGUGUGGCAAGAGAGGAUGUGCCAGAGAAUGUAGUUAAGAUCGUCUCAAAGGAAACACAGACAUGACACAAUGUAGAAGCUACAAAGCCUGUCGUUCACUUUACACUUUUCACACUUCCUCACAUUCUAGGGUGGAAAGAUUCUCUGUGCUAUUCCCGUCGGCCACUAAUGAGAGAGGAAGUGGGGAUUAGAACAAUUGGAUUUAAUCUGAUUACAACCAUUGGGCCUCACUACAAUCUCCUGUCAUCUCCUUUCACUCAGGAAUACAUUACCAGAACACAAAAAGGAAGGGAAAUAAGAAAUCUAGAAUCUCAGGCCUCAUUAGAUAAACCAAAGAAACACAAACAUCUCAGUUAUUAAACUACAUGGACUGAAGGAACAUGACAAGUCAUACUGGUAUUUGCUAGUUGCAACUAAAGCUGAACCAUAUAAUUGCUCACUGUAUGCUGCAGACCUUAUAUAUAGAGACUCCGUGCACCUUUUGUGAUUAUGUCCGACUCCUGUAUUGCUUUUCAAUUGUCAUUUAUGUGUUCUUUUAUACAACUGCACAUGAAAAUAUUAACUGACCUCCUAUAAAUAUGUUCUUACAGUAUGAGCACCUGCAGUACAUAGUGCAAUUCACUUCCAUAUGCUGCAGUCAAUACCAAUGAUAUAUUAUGAUGAUAUAAAUUGACAAUAAAGAUGUUUCUAAUUAGGUU